AUGUGUGCAGAGAUAAAGACGACUCAGGGUGAAUUAAUCUAAUGUAAAUAAGAUGUGUAGACUCCCGGCUCGCUCUCUGAUUAGCAUAGAGCGGAGCAGCUGAGGGGGAGCGGCGCUGAGACUGAAUGGCUUCCUGCUCCUGUUACGCAACAUAUUUAAUGGCAGAGGGCUGUUCCAUAUUGUUCUGCAGCCUUUGUCCGCUGGACGUGUGGAUACCAUACUAGUCUUUUCCUUUGUCCAUGCAAGUCAAAACACCAAACCGGUUAAUUAUUUAUCCCCUUUUUUUCAAAUACAAAUCCAUAUUUCUGUCCCAAUGUUGGGCUCACAACAAAAAGGUAAACAUGUGCCAGUAGCCUUCAAUUAGAACUAGCAGAGGAUUUGAAUAACAAUGCUUUGUUUGUGGAGAGGCAGUAUAAAAAGCCCUGAAAACAUGGGGAAUCUCUCCAACGGAGACCAUGGGCAAGAUUAUCUUUUACGAGGACAAGAACUUCCAGGGUCGGAGCUAUGAGUGCAGCAACGACUGCACGGACCUUCACUCGUACUUCAGCCGCUGCAACUCCAUCCGGGUGGAGAGCGGCUGCUUCAUGAUCUACGAGAGACCCAACUUCAUGGGACACCAGUACUUCAUGAGGAGGGGAGAGUACCCGGACUACCAGAGAUGGAUGGGCUUCAGCAGCUGCAUCCGCUCGUGUAGGAUGAUCCCAGUGUACCGAGGCUCCUACAGAUUGCGUAUCUACGAGAAGCCCGACUUCAGUGGUCACAUGAUGGAGUUCGUGGACGACUGUCCCUGUGUGUCUGACCGUUUCCAUCACCGCCACGUUUACUCCUCUAACGUCAUGAACGGCUACUGGAUCUUCUACGAGUACCCCAACUACCGAGGCCGGCAGUACUUCCUGAGGGCCGGGGAGUACAGGAGGUACCGCGACUGGUGCGCCACCUGCGCCAUCGUGGGCUCCUUCAGAAGGGUCACCGAAUUUUAGCCAUUCAUCUCACGCCUUGCUGUAAA